AUGUCUUCGAAAACAAUUGCUCCAACUGUCUUGUGGGCUCAACGUUCAAGUGAUUCUGAUGCUGAGAAAAACAUCAUUCUUUUAACUGUUGAAAUCACUGAUCCAAAAGAUUUACAAAUUGAUUUAAAACCAACGUACCUUUCUGUUAAAGCAGACUCAUCAACUUACGAACAUACUCAUUACGACUUAAAGAUUGAUUUCUAUGACGAAAUAGAUCCAGAAAAAUCAAAAAUAAAUACUGAGAAUGGUGCCCACUUGUUCUUUGUAUUAUCCAAGAAGAAGUUACAAGAAGAAUACUGGCCAAGAUUGACCAAAGAGAAGUUGAAAUACCAUUAUAUCAAGACUGAUUUUGAUAAAUGGGUAGAUGAAGAUGAACAAGAUGAAGUUAAGGAAGAUGAUGCCAAUUUAAUGGGUGGUAUGGGUGGUAUGGGUGGUAUGGGUGGUAUGGGUGGUAUGGGUGGUAUGCCAGGUAUGCCGGGAAUGGGUGGUGCCGGAGGUCCAGGAGGAAUGGAUUUUUCUCAACUUUUAGGUGGUAUGGGUGGUGGAGCCGGUGGUACUCCAGAUUUGAGUGCAUUGGCUAGUCAAUUGGGUCAAGCUGGCGGUGCCGGUGGUGCUGGUGGUCCAGGAGGUAUAGAUUUGAGCUCAUUAGCCUCAGACAUUGGUCAAGAGUCAGAGGGAGGUGUACAGCUGAGUGAAGUGGAAGUCGAUGCUGAGAAUAAUGGCAAUGAAAAAGAAGUUGAAGAAACUGCGAAACAAGUUGACUAA